UACGUAAGCGGGCAGGGGCGGGCUGGAGGUGUCGGUGCUGCCACGUCCUGGCGGCGGCUCGCGGAGCGGCGGCCUUGCGGGAGACUGUAGAGCCUGAGGUGGAGGAGGUGGGGCUGCCGCUGAAGCCGGAUGUGGAUCUAGUGCUGUGUACCCGGGUGGGUGAGAAUCCGACGGGCCUGGAGAGGAGCGCCGACUGCAGGUCUCUAUGGACCUUACUGCAAAGAUGAAACCUGAUGAAACGCCUAUGUUUGACCCAAGUCUACUCAAAGAAGUGGACUGGAGUCAGAAUACAGCUACAUUUUCUCCAGCCAUUUCCCCAACACAUCCUGGAGAAGGUUUGGUUUUGAGGCCUCUUUGUACUGCUGAUUUAAAUAGAGGUUUUUUUAAGGUACUAGGUCAGCUGACAGAGACUGGAGUUGUCAACCCGGAACAAUUUAUGAAAUCUUUUGAGCACAUGAAGAAAUCUGGGGAUUAUUAUGUUACAGUCGUGGAAGAUGUAACUUUAGGACAGAUAGUUGCUACAGCAACUCUGAUAAUAGAACAUAAAUUCAUCCAUUCCUGUGCUAAGAGAGGAAGAGUAGAAGAUGUUGUUGUUAGUGAUGAAUGCAGAGGAAAGCAGCUUGGCAAAUUGUUAUUAUCAACCCUUACUUUGCUAAGCAAGAAACUGAACUGUUAUAAGAUUACCCUUGAAUGUCUACCACAAAACGCUGGUUUCUAUAAAAAGUUUGGAUAUACAGUAUCUGAAGAAAACUACAUGUGUCAGAGGUUUCUAAAGUAAAACCUUUAAGAAAGACAUCUGUCAAAGGAGCUGAUGCAACAAGGCUACACUCUCUUCCUAGAGUUAAAGUAUUUUGUUGCCGCAACCCAGUGACCUCCAUAAAUACUGGAUUGAAAAAAACACUGUAAUACAAGUAUAAUGACAUUUAGAAGAUUACUUUGGGCUGGUGAGACAUGCUGAGUUUAGAUUACAGAUGAAAUUGUUAAGGGGAUGAUUUUUAACCAAAGGAGUAUAUUUUUAACUUGAAUCUUUUCUUGCAUUGUAUUUUUCUAAAGUUCGGCUUUAUUUCUUAGUAGUCAGUAUAGGUAGUAAGAAGUUAUAUGUCUGCUAUCUGUACUGCUCAUUAAAAAAAAAAAAGCAUACAGUGAAUAAGGCUGUUUCUUAUCACAUUCAUAAAAUUAAUAUUUUUUUCAAAGAAAUAUAUCUAAAUACCACAUAGGGGUGUAUCAUUUCACAUAUAUUACGUGAAAUUGGAUGUUAGACAUAUUAUAACUAAAUGUAGUUCAGUCCAACAUUUGCUGAUCCUAAUACUGUACUGGCAAACCUGGUGAGCCUUUAAAAUAAGGAGAAAUGAAAAUUAACUUCUUAUAAAAUGUGACAAUUUAAAUGUACAUCUAAAAGUUGAUAUAAUUCUAAUGUAGCUGAAGUACCACCUGUCUUAUAUGUUAAAUGUAAUAAUUAUUCAUUUGUUUAAAAUAUCUAAGAGAAAUAUAAGGUACUUUUUAACAGUGAAUUAGUAAAUCCUGGCAUAUUAUGUAUUUCUAAGCUGAUUUCUCAUUUUUCCAUGGGUGUCUGAGCCUCUCUUCUGAGUAACAUUUUUAUGAAAAUGGAUUACAAAAUUGAGUGGAGUAUUUUAAAAUGUAUCAUACUGCAUUUAUUACAUUCUUAAAAUGUUGAUGGAAGCUUUUCUAUUUAAUGUGAUUAUAAUGGUACUAUUCUGGUCACUAUCCUAUUUUGAUUUUAUUUAUUUUAAUUAUUUUUUUUAAGUUGAAAUAAGAAUUAGAUACUUCACUACUGGUUCGAAUCUUUUACAUUUCAUGUUACAUUAAACCUGUUCAUAUGAAUAGUCUUUUGUUAGAAUCUAAAUGUUUUCUGUGCUUUUCUUGAGUUGUCUAUUGAAUUAUUAGGUCAAGUCAUGGUUCAUAAAAUCUUAGUUUUGUGUACCUUUUGUAAAAGGAGCUUAGAAAGUAAAGAUCACCUGUUUCUCAUCCCUUUGAUUCUCACCUACCUCAACUAGAUUUCAGAUUUCCCUCCAUGCAGUAAAGCUAAAGUCGGCUUUCUAAAACAACAGAAAUUCUUCACCAACAGAGGGUGUACUACUCACCUGCUAAUGAUAUAGGCAGAUGAAUUGAUCUGUCCCUAGUGAAAGCAACAAAGCUAAGUUUUGCUUUUUUAGGAGUCCUAUAACCUUGAUAACACCAGCUUUACUAGGUACAGUCUGGUAAUUUAAAACCUCUGUUAACAAAUAAACCUAAUAGGGACUUCCCUGGUGGUCCAGUGGUUAAGAUUCUGUGCUCCCACUGCAGGGGGCACGAGUUCGAUCCCUGGUUUGGGGAACUAAGAUCCCGCAUGCUGUGCUGCAUGGCCAGGAAAAAAACACCAAAAAAAACCCUAAUAAAAGGCAAAAUUAAAUGCUUUAUUUCAUUUCUUACCACUGAACAAUUUGAAGUAAAACUAUAAGGUGGCUAUUUCAAUAAAUCCCUUUAAAUAGUGUUCUUAAGGUCUUAUCUUAAAUCCCCCCCUACAGGAAAUAGAGUUGUAGGUAAGGUGUAAUACAUAAAAAUUGAGGAAACUGAUGAUCUGUAUUUAGCUUUAGUUAACCAGAGAAAUUUGAUUUUUCUAAGCCAUUUUGUGGGUAAAAUUGAGUAUGAAAAAAACUGCAUAGAACAUUUCAAUAUAUACACUUUUGAGCAUUGUUUACUUUUGAAAAGGUAUAACGAAGUGGCAAUUGUGAUUUUUAUUUUGCUCCAUGUAUUUUAUAUAUUUGUAUUUCACUGACUCUCAAGCACUUUUUUUUCUUUUUUACAUGUAACAUUUGGAAAUGUGGAUGCAUUUUAUGAUC